AUGUCCAGUCAAGUUAUUGUUGUUGGUGGUGGUCUUUCUGGCCUUUCUGCCGCACACACAAUCUUGGAACGUGGUGGAAACGUCUUGGUUCUUGACAAGAAUUCCUUUUUUGGCGGUAACUCAACGAAAGCAACGUCUGGUAUUAACGGUGCUUUGACCAAAACUCAGAUAGCUCUUGGCAUUCAAGAUUCCGCUGAAAUCUUUGCUCAAGAUACAGCAAAAUCUGCUCGUGAUCUUGCUCGCCCUGAUCUUAUAAAAGUUCUUACUGGAAAUUCUGCUUCUGCCGUCGAAUGGCUUCAGGAGAAAUUCAAGUUAGACCUUUCUCUUGUAUCUCGAUUAGGAGGUCAUUCUCAACCACGUACUCAUCGUGGAAAGGAAAUGUUACCAGGUAUGACGAUAACCUACGCUUUAAUGGAAGGCAUUGAGGAAAUUGCCAACAAACAACCUGAUCGAGCCCGGCUCAUCAAGAAGGCACGUGCAACGAAGUUAAUUAAGGAAGGCGAUAAUGUUGUAGGCGUGGAAUAUGUCAAAGAUGGCCAAACUUUCAAAGAAUAUGGCCCUGUGAUUUUGGCUACUGGUGGUUAUGCAGCUGAUUUCACGGAAGAUUCUUUGUUAAAAAAGUAUCGUCCAGACAUAUACAAUUUACCCACUACCAAUGGUGAUCAUUCUACUGGCGAUGGCCAUAAAAUGGUUAUGGCCAUUGGAGGAAAGGCUACUAAUAUGGAAAAGGUUCAAGUCCAUCCAACAGGAUUGGUUGAUCCUAAAGAGCCUGAUGCAAAAAUCAAAUUUUUGGCCGCUAAAGCACUUCGAGGUGUCGGUGGGUUACUGUUAAAUGGUGAAGGAAAACGGUUUUGUGAUGAAUUAGGCCAUCGUGAUUACGUUACUGGUGAAAUUUGGAAGACCAAGGGACCUAUUCGUCUUGUGCUUAAUAGUAAAGCUUCAAAGGAAAUUGAAUGGCAUUGUAAACAUUAUGUUGGUCGUGGUUUGAUGAGAAAAUUUUCUGGUGAAGCGUUGGCAAAAGAAAUUGGCAUUUCUGCAUCACAACUAAAAGCAACGUUCGAUGAUUAUAACGAAAUUGCUUCUAACAGAAAAAAGGAUCCUUUUGGCAAGAAAUACUUCCAUAACGUUCCAAUCUCAAUAGAUGAUCAAUUUCAUGUAGCCUUAAUGUCUCCCGUGUUACAUUAUACUAUGGGUGGACUUGAUAUAAAUGCGGAUUCUGAGGUCAGAGAUGUGCAAGGAAAAAUUAUUCCUGGUCUAUAUGCAUCUGGAGAAAUAGCUGGUGGCGUUCAUGGUGCUAACAGGUUGGGAGGAUCCUCUCUUUUGGGAUGUGUAGUCUAUGGCCGUGUUGCCGGUGAUUCCGCAUCUCGUUAUCUUUUCCAGAAUUUGUCAAGUGCAACUGCUAAUCGUCGUCUAGGGCAAAUCGCUGGACAAUUAGCUCCAUACCAAACAACUGUUUCUGUUGACCCAACAAAUCAAAAAGUGCACUUAGAAAUCUCUUGGAGUUCACAACAAGAUAGUACAGGCCAAUAUAAUCCAGUUCAAGCUCCUCAAGCUUCACCAAGCCAGGCACCCACCCCUGAAAAGAAAGCUGAGGCAUCACCACGUGAGAAGAAGGAAUAUACCGCUGAAGAAGUCGCUAAGCAUAAUAAAGAAAAUG